UUUACUGUUUUUAUAAUUGUCCAAUUAUUUUCUUUUCUUUGUAUUUUACUACAAUUGAAUCGCCUAUGAAGCAAGCAGGUGGCGGAAUGGUGACGGUAUUUUUGAUUUUGUCGUGGUCGUCGCUGUGCAUCGACGUUGAAUCUGCUGCCAGCUUCAGUUUCAAUCACAACUUUGUAAAAGAUGAUAUUUACGAUCAACCCGUAAACCUGAUGGCUCCCAAGAAAAAUCCACACAUGAAGAACGUCCAAGAACAGUCCACCACCGAGGACCCCUGGUCUCCGUUGGACUUCUCCAAGUUGGAUGCCAUUAUAGCCGAGCAGCAACAGGAAGACAACAACCGUAUUAAGAGACGUGCGAAGCAUCGCAAAGCAAGACGACGUAACAAAGUCCGUACCUCAACUCCCAUGGCAGAAUUUCAUGAGGGAAAUCUAACAACGACCGUACCGAUAGCCAGGCGAGCUGAUCGUUCAGACACCCAACAGAUUAAGAACAAGAGGAGACAUCGUAAAAGUAAGAAGGCCAAGCCCUCCUACGACGCCUACGACCCACCGGUUAAGGAUUUUGAGUCGUCGUUCGUGGAGAUGCCCAAGGAUCUCUACCAAGCGCACUUGAGGCCCGGUGUCAUCUUCCGCAUACACAUGUCCGAGGCCAUAUUGAAAAUGCAAUACCGAAACUACGGCGAGGAUAAAGACGAGUCCGUGAUCGAAGCCGACGUGGAGUAUUUGCGGUUGACACGGAAAGUGAUCAACGACGAGAUAACGAAAUUCGAGGACCUCAAGUGGCUUAUCGGCUGGUUCACGAAUCGUUCGGAGCUGAUCCAGGAGCAUACUUGCAAUACUAGAUACUAUGCUGUCGGAAUCCCUCCGACGAUGUUCACUCACAGCGAGGAGUACAUGAAGCGUAUGUGUUUAUUCGACAACGUGUUUAUCGAUCACAUUCCUUACGUGGUUGGCGAGGACGGAUCCCUAAUGGCGGCGGUGGCACCACCAGUACUACACUGUGACGCAGCCACUUGCACUUCAGUGCCUUUCAUCGACAGUGUAAUGUUCGACGAGCGCCUCACCCGCAGCAAUGUGCGUACGGUGACUCGUUGUCAGGCCAGUUGCCGCAUGCACUGUCGCAACGACGCCGACUGUCUAACGAGAUGCUCCGCGAGAUGUCUACGUGCAGAAUAGAGCAGCAUCAGUAUCGUUACAGCCCCUUUCAGCACUCAUGAUUUUUCUCGACAAAAUACAUAGUAACUAAUUUCCAUCUGAAAACUAAUACCCUGACAUCUUAUUAGGACGUACAAUUUUUUCUGAAGUUUCUCAAACAAAUGAGUCAUAUUAAAACUAAAAGCGAUAGUUUUAUUUUCUUCCAUGUCGUACCUUACAAGUACCCACAAAAAAAUGUAGGAAAUAUUUAUGAAAUCGUUAUGGAAGCCAUUGAUUUGUUGGUAACUCAUACAAGACCUGAUUGACUUUAAGCCAAAAACGGACAUUGAAGAUUACGAUCGGAACUAAUAAAAUAUAUAAAUAUAACCUGACACCGCAAUAAAUGAUGUGCGUAGCA